AUGUCGGUCGAAAUACCACCAACGUCGAGCUCGUCACCUCGACCAACGCCUCCUUCUCCGUCCCCAAAUCAGACCAGCACGCUCUCCGGCUCAGCAUCGUCUUCCAUGUCGCUUCCCAGCACACAGGUGCACGAAUCGACCAUGCUUACCACUUUCGACUCCACCACCACCAGUCCGUCCGAUCGAGAUCAGCAAAUUCAGAGCGAGCACGACAAGCUUGCCUUCUCUCUGUCUGCUCCGCAUACCACACCAACAGGCGCAUCAUCCAUCCACAACGCCGACGACCAAGUCACGCCAAUGUCACGCAUCGCCUCAUCUUUCUCCGGUAGCAAAGCGGAUCCAGCACCCUUCACCACUGCCGCACCGAUCCCUGCCCCCGUCGACGCUUCUUUGAGAGGCGUCGAACACGGUGUCAGCCCCCUCAUCAGUGCUUUCCGAUCGCCAUAUCCACCCAGCCCAAGCUACUUUAUCACCGUAGUGCCUCCAGAUGACUAUCCCACCUCUCCAGAGAUCAGCCAGCACGAACGAGACCGUCUGCAAAGAGGAUCGCUCUUGCCUCUCUACCCGACACUUGGCGGUCAGCUUUGGGCUAUCUCGCGUGAAUUCGCCCUCCCAUCAGUGGGCGGCUUGAUGCUCUAUCUCUCGGAUGAUGGUCAGGGCAACCGAGGUCCACGCAUUGGUGAUGUCGCUUGGCAAGCGCUCUGGUCGAGGUACUUUAUCCAAGAUGAAGAGCCAUCCACUUCGGCUUACAAGGCUACUCCGGCCUUUGCACCCAGUCGUCGUGCGUCCAUCAUAGCUGGCGAUCCUUUUGCCGAACCUCUGUCGCCAUCUAGCGCACAUGCUGCUGACUUGUCAAGAUCGACGUUGGGUGAAGGCUCAUCGAAUCGACCCAGUAUCCCAUACCUCUCUUCUGCGCGUCCAUCGCCGAGAGUUGAAGCACCGCGCUUUACUCGUCGUGACCCCUCGGCAGAAUGGAGUCCAUCCGCACGCAGUGCAGCUUGGUCGGGCCAAGCCUCUUCUUCUGCUGGUCAAAGUCAUGUUGCUCCUGCGCCCUUCCCUCGUCUGCCCAUCUUGGCGCGCAUCGAAUGGCAGGUCGAUUCGAACAAGGCACCAUGGUGGCCUAGCUGGAUUGCAUCUAGAACAUGUGUACGCGAUCGACCAACUCAUCCGACCAGGAAGAGCAUGCACCUCGCCAACAAUGUCUCGCAGAGUAAGCAAGAUGAGCUCGAUGCGGAUGAGGACCAAGAAGAGGUGGAGAAGGAGGACAACAUUGCACAGCCCAUCCUGGCACCGACUACUCGCGAAGUCGAGUCAACAGCCCACCAGCCACAGCCGAUCGGCCUCUCCGAGCAGGAAGAAGCGGCACCGUCGGCUGCACUGCCUUCGUCGCCAACCGACAAUAUACUAUCAGAGAGACAAUCUGACCUUGCUGUGAUUCCAGAGGUAAUUCCAGAAGAGGAGAAGAGACAUUCACUUCGCUCCUUGGCACCGUCUAGCCCAGUGCAGUCAUCACACCAGAUUGAGCAAGAAGAUAAAGCAGUCGUGCAAGAGCCUAUCAAGGUGACGGUUGCCACAGUGGAGGAUGAGGUGGAGGCUGAGAGUAAGAAGGAGGCUGAGAGUAAGAAGGAGGCUGAGAGUAAGAAGGAGGCUGAGAGUAAGGAGGAGGCACCCGUAGCACAGCUACCUGCCGGUCGCUCAUCGUCCAUGGACGAACCACUCCGAUCGCAACGCGCCAGCAUCGUUUCUGCCAGCUCUCAAGGCUCUCACCGAACGUCGUCCACUUCACGAGCGUCUGUGUCGCCGCUUCCCACGGAAACACCUGUAGUUGCUUCCUCAUCGUCGCUCGACUUGGAUGUUCAGCCACGAUCAGUAUCGCCACAGCCACCUCUCGAAAACAGCGCGGCGCUUCUGAGCCACAACUCCAACUCUGACCAGAGCCAAAGUAGCACAGGAUACUCCGAGAUUCUUGAAGCCCAGGAUGUCGAUGACGACCUCACCGAUCGUGAUGCCAGCUAUGAUCGCGAGCCGCUCACCCGGGCGCACGACGGCGAUUAUUCAGCGCUUCCGGACUCGCCCACCACCGAAGUGGCUCAGCUUCCCCCUCACGCUGCUAUGCCUGCUCAGCAGGAGGAAGAAGGAGAAGGGAAGAGCUUCCCCCUUCGUCACAGCUUCAUCGUCGAUGCUGGUGAUGAGGCCAUGUGGCCCGAUUUGCAACACCACGGCAUGGACCAGAUGAUCUCCGAGCUUCGUGAAAACCACUUUCCUGCAGCUCCGCACCACGCGCAACAGAGUGAGUCAAGACAGUCGUGGCAGCAGCAGCAUCAACAAACAGCGGCGCCGGCGCAUGUUCAGUCAUUCGACAACGACUUCCAGCUCAUGCAGAGCGGCGACUUCCAAGACGACCGAGCCCAUCAGCCAUAUCACGCGCAACAGCUGCUUUGGUCCUCUGCUUCCGUUCCAGUAAUGCAGACAGCGCAAGAUCAAUCCCAACAUCACUACAAUCACGCCGACAAGUACACUGAAGAAGCAUACUAUAACCCUCAGCGCUCCAACAUGGCCAGGAUUCAGAGCUGGAUCGGAAAGACUCCCACAGGUCGACCCAACUCUCGGGGCGGAUUCGAAGAUAACUUCGCCACCAAUUUCGAUGACAGCAUCGACGACGAUGGCAUGCAGUUGCCCAACGAGCCCGACAUUGACGAGGUGGUCGGUCUUUGGGCUAGCAAAAUCGCACAGGACCCCUACAACGUACCUCACAUUAACACUCCCACAGCACCCGUGGAGCACAGCGUCGCUUCGAGCGAUGGCAUCCAUGGCUAUAAGCGAACCGAAGAGCCUCGAGACCUGACACCCAACCAACAGGAGCUCAACUCCAGCGACAGCCUUGACGCCGGCGCUGGCCUGAGCGCUGUUUCCCAUGCAGCACCAGGAAUCUCGCUUCUCAGUCCCAUCCACCUCGAUGCUGCUGCCUUUGAUGGUGUCAAGCCACAGCUUGGCAAUCUUACGGUCCCGUUGUCUCCUCAGCUACUGAGUCCGACUGCAGUCGGCGACGCUUUCGUCACGCCUCGAGCAGCCCCAUCGCCUCGAUCUGUGUCGACUCCCAUCUUCCAGCACCAUUCGCCGUCUUCGCCUGACUCCCUGGCUCCACCCCAAGACCGCCGCCCCAGCAGUGCCAGCCGCCGCAGCUCUGGUGAUCUCAGUGACUCGCUCGAAGAGAUGCAAAAGGCUCUCGAGUUGCUCAGCCCCGGAUGCUCGCCCAACCCUGGUGCCCACAGUCCUGAUCCCAGUGGUCGCAAGAUGUCCAGCCGCGACAGCCUAGCCUACGCACGUAGCAUCUCUGCAUCGGUGACACCUAGUCCUAAAUGGAUCGCACGUGCCAAGGCUGCUACCGCCAAAAGCCGCCGCAAUGCACGAAGAACGUUUGCUGCAGGUGGAAGUCCUUUCGAUAAAGGUCAUGUUUCGCCCCGACCCGCAAGCACGUCGGCUGUCUCGUCUUCGAGAAUUCGAUCUCCGAGACUUGGCUUCCAGGCGCCGUUCAGCGCUUCGAGGUUGGUCGAGUUCAGUAAGGCAGAUGCGAUGCAACGUAUGGCCAGAACCGAGGUGGGCGAUGUCGAGUCGAUCCACUCAAGAGAUACAAACAGCGACGAUAUUAAGGAGGCUAUUCCGACGUUCGCAGACGAAGAGGGGGCUGAAGAUGGCAAGUCGCCUUCGGUCGAGUAUGCAGAGUUGCGAAUGGUGGAAACGCCUGUUGUGAAAGAGGUUGCCGCUGUUACUCCCAAGGCCGAGGAGAGGAAGCUCGAUGAUGUGAAAGAGCUCACGACCACAGCUGGUCCUGUUGCCGAGGCUGAACGCGUCUCGGAGCAGCCUGUCGAGUCUAAGCCCUUGCCAGAGAUCCCCACCGAGUCUAUUAAAUCAGUCGACGCGCUUGCAUUGUCAGAACAGUCCGAGCAAGUUGCGACACUCGAGCCGGCUGCACUCUGCGCACCAACUUUGGAACUCAACGGAGACGAAGCAAGGGAGCUCGGAGCAUUCACAGGCGACGACCACGACAACGACAUUGCCUCCAUCCAGCGCUUCCUUCGCGGCAAAGUCGUCUCUGCUGACUCUGAGGCUUCCAUCCCGCAAGAUCUAUCGACCUCGAUGACCGAGCAACAGCCAGGUUCUAGCGCCGAUGGAACUAUCAUUGAAAGGUCGCUCAGCAAAGACAGCGACUUGCGAUCAGUCACGCCCGACGCACAAGCGCACAAGAUCGUCCAGCAAGCUCAGACAACGGAGCAGCUCGAGGAAAUUAUUGCAAAGUCAGAAGCCAAUGCGAAACUGGAGGAAGAGAUAGCAUUGAACGAGCGCUGGAGUCAGGUCUCGUAUGCUACAAACAACAUCUCGUCGCAUCACCCUUCCGCAUACUCGCUCAACUCGAACAGUCCGAAGCGUGACAUGCAUCAUGAGGUACGCACGCCAAGCUUCACCUACGAUGCUCACCUCAGCUCCGAACCGACUACGAUGGAUACACAGCUGAGUAGUGCUAGUGGAGAUGGGGAAGGUCUUUCGGUAAAUGGAGAUCUAGUCAAGUCGUACAUGUCGAGCUCCCCAUCCGAUGAGACCUUCUUUAUCUUUUCGGGUCCUUCGGGUGGACCAUUGCCUCAUGAGCUGCGAAGGCCUUCUGCAGGCGACCUGUGGCAAGCGAGCAAGGAGGCGGCUGAGCCGGUAUCACCGCAGUGUUUGCCGAUGCAGGGACACCAGAAUGGAGCUCCUGUGGUCGAGUCUCGAUGGAAUGAUACGGAAGGCCACGACGGCGAGCAGAUCGCAAAGUCACCCUCCGUCCCAGUGCUUUCCUACCGCUUCGCCUCAUCCCCACUCCACGCCGAUAGCUUCCCUGUCAACCCUCCUCUGGCAGGAACGACCCAUGACUACAGCUUGGACGAAGAAGAAAUCCGCACUAUGAACGAAGACACUCGUCUAGCCGUGCGCGAAGCUCUUUCCCAAUCCACCUCGCAUCAUCAUAACAUCCUUCCCUCCGCUUCCACCUCUGCAUCCACCCCUCUUUCGCCGAAAAGUCUUAUUUCGCCGAUUUCUCCACUCUCCAGCCACUCCUCGCUUGGGAAUCAGAUCGGCAGUCGCACCUCCAUCACCUCCACCACUGGUCCUGGCACGGGUAGCAACGCCUCCUCGCCCAUUCUCGGUGGUACUAACGGUGAAGCAGGAAAACGCAGACCAGCUCGUCUGAACUUGGAUAUUGACGGCCUGGCACGCUCGCCACCUUCUUCAGUCCAAAGACUGCCAUUAACAUCACCGAGAUCGAGGUUCGGACAGUUGCCGCCUUCGCCUUCGCUCCAUCCGAGCUAUAAGGCUGCGACGUCGAGUCCGUUGAGUAAGUCAUUCCCAGUGAUGGAACCGCAUUUGUUUAGUCCUCAGGGAAAGAUCAUGUCUAGUCUGGCUAGUGUGGCGAGCAUCGAUGGGGGGUUGGCUGGUGUCGGCUCUGGGUAUUAG